AUCAUCAUAAAUAUGCAGGAGUAGUUAAUUAGAUCAUUCGGCAGCUAGCAGCAAGCUAAGCUGAUCGAUCGAUCGACUUGAUCAUGGGCUUGGCGAUAGAUCGGGCGGCUGCUGAGCCUGAGCUACCGUCUGCUGGUCAGGGAGGAAGAGGCACGGAUCCUGAUGCUGGGCCUCGACGCCGCCGGCAAGACCACCCACCAUCCUCUACAGGCUCAACAUCGGCGAGCGAGGUCGUCUCCACCGUCGCAACCAUUUAUCGGAUUCAAUGUUGAGACGGUUGAGUACAAAAACAUCAGCUUUACAGUCUGGGACGUUGGUGGCCAAGGGCCCAAGGCACGCUACUUCCAUGGCACCCAGGGCUUGAUCUUUGUCGUCGACGGCAGCGACAGGGAGCGCAUUCUUCAGGUCAGGGAUGAGCUCUACAUGUUGCUGAACGAGGUUGUUCUUUGUACUAAUAGUCUUCAGCCGCUAGCUUAGCUUCUGGGAAUGCAUCAGGCUGCAUGCAUGCUAAUUCGCACGCUAGUGGAGUAAUACGAGGGUGUGUUUGGCUUCGCACGGCUAAAACUUAGUCCUAUCAUAUUAAAAAGAAAUUUUAUUAUUUAAAAUUUUUUCA